GCAGUCUGGAGAGGAUCGCUGCUAGCAAAUCGUACUCCUAGAAGCAUCCGGUUCACAUAACAUUCUCCGCACCAACUUAACUAAGAGCACUGCAUUUAGAUCAGCAGCCUUCUUUACGUUAAAACCUCCUAACACUUUAUGCAUAGCAAUAGCACCCAACCUCUCAAACAAAUCAGCAGUCUUCUUUAGCGGUUUACUCACUUGUGACCUAACCCAUUACAUCAUUUGCCAUGGUUGUUUAUCUGAUCUGAUCUGAUCUGAUCUGAUCUUUUCAUUUUAUUUUUACUUUUUCCACGGAAUUGGUUGUCUAUCUAUCUAACUCUGCCGUCCAGUCACCCAAUUAAAUCAGUCAUAAAAGCCAGCUUCCUCGAGAAUAUGAAUUCCUAAUCCGUAAGAAAAACGAUAAUACACCAGUCCAGAAUUGAGAGGUUCGAAAGAAGAAAAAAAAUCCCAAAGAUGUGUACACUAGAGAAACGCGGCAAUCUCUUCAUCCUAACUCUAACCGGAGAAGACGACCAUCGUCUAGGUCUUCCCCUGAUUUCGACACUCCGAGCAACUCUCGAUCAAAUCAGAACCGAAGCAAAACCAGGAUCAGUUCUAAUCACCACAGCACAUGGAAAAUUCUUCUCCAACGGUUUCGAUCUAGCUUACGCUGCUGAUAAAAAUGGAUCAAUAAACAUUCCCCGGCUUCGUGAAAUGGUCGACGGCUUCAAACCGGUCAUUUCAGAUUUCCUAACUCUUCCUCUUCCGACUAUAGCCGUUGUCUCCGGUCACGCUGCAGCUGCUGGAUUCAUGUUAGCUUUGGUUCAUGAUUAUGUUUUGAUGAGAAAAGAUAGAGGAGUUUUGUACAUGAGUGAGAUUAAUAUUGGGUUGACUUUUCCUGAUUAUUUCAUGGCUUUGAUGAAAUCGAAGAUCACGUCGCCGAUUGCGCGAAGAGAUGUUGUUCUCAGAGCUGCGAAAUUGACUGCCGAGAAAGCUGUGGAGUAUGGGAUUAUUGAUUCUGCUCAUCAGAAUUUGGAAGAGACGAUGAAAGCUGGUUUGAAAUUAGGGGAAGAAUUAGGGUCUAAGAAAUGGAAAGGUGAGAUUUAUGCUGAUAUCAGGAUGAAUUCUUAUUCUGAGAUUUCUGAAUUGCUGGGAUUGGUUGAGAAUUUCAAAUCUGUUAUUCCUGCUAAACUUUGAUCAUCUUCUGAGUGAAGAAAUUGCUGGGAAUCUUGGGUUGGAGUUAUCUUUUAAUUUUCCUAUCUUAUCAUGUAUCUUUCUCUAUAUAGAAUAAAGGAAAAUUGUUCUCAGAAAUGGCUUUUUGUUACUAGCUUGAUUAUUCCAGGUAAAAUAGGAAAUUUAGCUGUGGU